AAAUAGAGCAGAUUCUUUCAUUUCAGUAUUUAAAAUGUGUCCAUUAUAAGGUAUUCAAAAUUUUAUUCUCAUCUCAAUUCUGCAUGUUAUAUAACUAGACACUUUACAAACAUUGUGUUUCUAAUAGAAAUGAAUUACAAUAACUUUGCAUAAAGGCACACCAACUUGUUAAUAGUGAUUAUGUAAACUGCAUUAAGUAUUUGUUUCCUUCCAAUUAUAGAUGUACUAGAAGACAUCUUACUUUCUCAUUAUCUUGUGAUCAUGGAAAACCAGAGCUAUGUCACUGAGUUCAUAUUCCUGGGCCUUUUACAGAACUCAAAAGUUGAGAAAAUAUUGUUUGUUGUAUUUUCUUUGGUCUACCUUGCAACUAUUGUGGGCAAUAUGAUAAUUGUGGUGACCAUUAUCUACAGCCCUGCACUGCUGGGCUCCCCCAUGUACUUCUUCUUGAUAUUCCUGUCCUUCCUGGAUGCAUGCACUUCUUCUACUGUCACACCCAAGAUGAUUAUAGACUUCUUCUAUGAGAGGAAGAGCAUCUCCUUUGAAUGUUGCAUGACACAACUGUUUACAGUCCACUGUUUUGCUGGGGCAGAAGUGAUCAUCCUGUCAGCCAUGGCCUAUGACCGCUAUGUGGCCAUUUGCAAGCCCCUUCACUAUUCUUCCAUCAUGAACAGGAGGAUGUGUGGCAUUCUGGUUGGAGUAGCCUGGGCAGGAGGCUUCUUGCAUUCUAUCAUACAAAUUAUCUUCAUUUUGCAGCUGCCCUUCUGCGGACCUAAUGUCAUUGAUCAUUACAUGUGUGACUUGUUCCCAUUACUGAAGCUUGCCUGUACUGACACACACAUAUUUGUCCUUUUGGUAUUUGCCAACAGUGGGUCUAUCUGUAUCAUAAUCUUCUCUAUUUUGCUUGUCUCCUAUGGUGUCAUAUUGUACUCUCUGAGAUCCCACAGCUCUGAAGGGCGACUUAAAGCUCUCUCUACCUGUGGAUCUCACAUCACUGUUGUGGUUUUGUUCUUUGUCCCAUGCAUAUUAACAUAUGCAAGACCAACAUCUGCAUUCUCCUUUGAGAAAAAUGCUGUUGUAUUUACUGCAGUCUUGACACCAUUGCUCAAUCCUAUGGUUUACACUUUCAGGAAUAAGGAAAUGAAAAAUGCUAUCAGGAAAAUGUGGAAGAGAUUGACAGCAGUUUCUGACAAAUAUUAAAUAUUACCAUUAUUAUGCUGUGGAAGUGGAUUAAUGGGUAGGAGCACUUCAUGCUGUGCUAAAAGAAGGAUGUCAGUUCUGAUUUCCAGGACCCAUGUCAGAAGCUAGGCAUCACAGGGCCCUUUAAGUUAGUGUUGGAUUAACAGAGAUAAGUAGAUCCCAGAAGUUCAGAGGACUGGUAAUCUACUCAAACACAGAAAUCUGAAAGUUCAUUCCAAACUUAUCCCAAGGCAAUCAGGUAAUGUGCAGCAGAUGAACAUGGUCAAUGUGGUCCUAUGUAAUUGUAUAUAUGUGCACAUGCACAAACACUGUACUCUCCUCUUGUGUACAAACAUGUAUAUGCUACACAGCCACUUUUUCAUCCCAUACAAAUAUCAACAAAAAAGGGCACAUUUCAAAGAUAAUGGAAUGAUAAAGAAGUCAGUAUUUACCUACACAGCUAUUAUGUUGUUAGGUAUUAUACAAAUGAAUUGACAUUAUUCUUUAGAGGGUUCUUCAAUGUUCUAUGUGAGAAAACAUUGUUUUCUCUUUUUUUGUGAUUAUAAUUCAAUACAUUAUUUCUCUACUUUUUCUCCCUUCAAACUAUUCCACAUAAACCUCAUUGCUCUCUUUCAUGAUUAUAGCCUUUUUCAUUAAUUGUUACUAUGUGCACAUAUGUAUAUACAUGUAUAUUCUACAUAUGACUG